CAAAGUCCGAUGGCAUGCCAAGACACGAGUCGACACUCAGAAUUGUUACUUUUGCAACGACUUUACUAUUCCCGAUCUAAUACCGAUCGCCAAGAUAUUCUAUAGACACAAACUCGCGUGUCUGUACAUGAUCCUCGUAUGUCCAAGGGGAGAUCCGACGACCUGGCUCAUCAGGAUCCUGCUUUAUCGGCCCGGCUAUCUAGCCCCGUAAUGGCAGCACGAACAUUUCGUAGACCUGUAUAAAAAGACCAGAAAAAUAUUCUCGGUUUCCCAUCCCCAGCGAUUCCAAUCUUCUAUCGGUUCCAGAGAUACUCACAAGCCCCUUGUAUCCAUCGACAUGCCCGCUCCCAGCUACUCCGUUGCCCUCGAGACCCCCGCCUCCGAGCCUGCGGCUCCUGCUCUCGUUGCCGUUGAAGAACCGUCACGAGAGUCAGGCGUCUACUAUAAUGCUCGUCUUGACCCCAAGAACUACUUGGAGGGACCGCUGUCUGAGAACCCUGCUACUCGCCUUCGUCAAAUGCUUGCUCGCCCAGGUAUUGUCGUCGCUCCUGGCAUCUGUGACGGAAUUAGCGCACGGUGUGCUUUAGAGGCUGGUUUCGAUUGCCUUUAUCAAAGUGGCGCCGCCACUACCGCUUCGCGUAUGGGUCAACCCGACUUGGCCAUUGCUACUCUCAACGACUUUGUCGGUGCUGGACAAAUGGUUUCAAGUUUGAACCCAUCGGUGCCAGUCAUCGCCGACGCAGACACAGGUUUCGGCGGACCUGCCAUGGUCGCGCGCACUGUCCGUCAAUAUGCCAGAGCAGGAAUAGCUGCCUGCCAUAUUGAGGAUCAGGUGCAGACCAAGCGGUGUGGUCACCUUAUGGGCAAGCAGGUCGUUUCACGAGAGGAAUUCAUUACUCGCAUCCGCGCUGCAGUUAUCGCUCGUGAUAGUAUUCCGGGGGGUUCGGACUUUGUUAUCAUUGGGCGAACGGACUCCGCUCAAGUGUUGGGCAUGGAUGAAGCUAUCGCUCGCCUCAAGCUGGCAGCAGCAGCUGGCGCUGAUGUCUGCUUCAUUGAGGGUGUGAAGACUAAGGACUUGCUCGAAUCCACCGUCGCUGCUUUGGCUCCUACUCCUGUCCUCGUGAACGUCAUCUCCGGCGGUUUGACUCCGUCCUUCACAUACUUUGAAGCUGAGCAAAUGGGAGCUAAGAUCAUCAUCUUUUCUUUGGUGUCCUGUGUUGCUAUGGUACAUGCCUGUCGCGCUGCGAUGAAGUCUUUGAAGAAGACGGGCACAGACUUUAUCUCUGCCCAGGGGAUGGAUCCUAAGAAAUUCUUCGAGGUCAUGGGUUUGAACGAGAUUAUAGAACUCGAUGCCGCAGCAGGUGGAUCUGCUUUCCAGCUUGUUUAAUUUUUCCCCCCUACAUGCAUGCCCACAGUACAUACCACUAAACUCUAAAUAAAUAUUUAAUCAAUUCAGGGUAUUAGUAGUAACUGGGUGUAAUACAUAACGGAUUUCUGACCUUAUACGACGCUCUUUUUCUUUUUCUUGAUGAAACCAUCUUCACAGUAAG